AUGCGUUUAGGUGCGAGAAAGCAGGCCGACGGAACGGCGUCGGCGGCGUCGGCGGGCAGGCGUGGCCGGUCUCUGAGCGCAGCGACAGAGCGUCCGGGUCUCUGCGGUCCCGCGUUGGACCACACCGCCCAGAAGGACAGGGGACUGCUGGCAUUAAGGGGAUCGCUCAGCCGUCGCCGAAGACCCACCAGGAGCAGCCUGCACGCGCUGCUCGCGGCCGUGCACUGGACGCCGACGCCCGCCACGCCCUCUGGUCCCGAAGUCGCUCAAGGACCUCAGGACCCCUCAGCCGCCCUCGCUGCUGACGACACUGCCGCUGGAGCAGACCGCCGUCCGACGACAGUUGGCACCGCCGUCGACACAGUCGUACCGGCGCCCGAACGACACGACACUCCGAAGCCGUUCUCCGAGCGAGACUCCGAGCCGGCGCGAUUCAUCCACGACGCGACGCCCCCGAGCUCCGAGGCCGAGGUUCCCGGCGCUGACAUCGACGACGACGUCGCGUCCAAGACGGGCUCAAGGGGGCGCCGGGCCAGCCUCGACUCCGGCUGCAGCCUCGACAUGUCCUGCUCGUCGGGCUCGGGCACCCCAGACCCUCCGUCGUCCACGCCCACCGUGACGCCGCCGCCGGAGUUCGCCGACACCCCGAUCGCCGAGCGACGGCGCCGGUCGCGUCGCCGCACCGCCACCGACGCCAUCGUCGCACCCGCCGUCUUCCCUCCGACCAAGACGCAGAUCGCCACGAUGGCCCCGACGCCCCGAGGCUUUCCUCCGCGCAGCCCCCAGGGACCGCCGGUGUCUCCGGCCAAGAAACCAUCCGGCAUCCCGAGGCCCCGCACCCCGGACGCCCCCGCCGCCCCCUCGAAGACGUCGGCCCCUUCGGACUUCAGGGUCAACUUCAGGAUCGUGCCGCGAGGAGAACCCAGGGGACGAGGGACGGCGCAGCAGUCGAAGCCAGCAGCAGCGAGUUCACACGGCGUGUCCCGCUCGGAGAGCUGUCGGACUGCUAGGGUACACGGCGCGGGCCGUGGCGGGGUCGGCGGCGGUGUCCUCCCGACGUCGUCGCUCUCAUGGGACCGGAAGAUGUUGACGUCCCCCUCGGACCGCUACCUGGACGACGCCGAGCGAAGGUGCCGGUCCCUGUCCCGCUCCGGGAGGCCGCCCUCGGAGCACCAGGUGGACCCCGAGUGGCUGGAGAUCGCGCGCCGCAGGAAGGCCGCCGGCGUGGACUGGGAAAAUCUGGAGGCCAAGAUGAAGGAGCCGCAGAGCAUCUCGUGUAGCAAUUUGUCCGAGAGCCACAUGCUGGGCAGGGUCUCGUCGCUGGCCUCGGCGGACCGCCUGGGGCUCCGCCUGGUGCGCUCGGCCAGCGCACUCUACCCGCGCAUCAAGAUGUCCCGCUACGAGCGCCGCCUCAGGAGGGACAACCGGAACCCAUCACCGGACCGGCGCCGUUCGUCGGACGAGUUCUGCGUGGUGUCUUCGGACGGCACGUCCCCGGCCGCCAGCAGCUCGACAGAGGACGAGAAGCCGAGCUUCCUGAACGUCCAGCUGCGGCACGUGGAGCGGGCGCCUCCUCUAAACGUGGUCUUCCAGACGUCGGGCUCCAGGGCCGAGGCGCCGCCGGCGUCGCCUAGUCUCACCUGGAAGAGUCACCGGGAAGUGGCUGAGCCCAGGACGUUGCCGCCGCCCAGGAGUCAGACCGCCAGAGGCAGGAGUGUAUCGGAGACAAUAGGACCAGCUGAGUUCCUGCUGCCGAAACCCGUGGAACUUAUUGAAUCCACUCCUUCCAAAACUACCGACCGUUCUGCAGAUAUCAAACGGCGAGUUGUCAAGAACGAAAGCUUCUCAGAAGUGCAGAGAAAAGCUGGCAGGACGCAGCUGAAGCGUAGCGCCAGCGUUCAGAUGAGGACCGGCGGCACAACUUCGGCGGCGGCAGGGACCCACGCUCCGUCGCCGUGGCCUCCCGUCGACGGACUGUCCAGCGCAGAGGACCUCCCGUCCUGGAUCCGCGAGGCCGAACGCAAGAGAAACUGCGAUAAAUCUCUUUCGCAAGCUUCCGACGGCAGAGCCACUUACCUUUCGAGCGAGUGCCUGCACCAGCCGACUUCGGAAAGCGAAGUGCCGGAUUGGCUGAAGGAAAUACGACGCAAAAGGGAGGAAGACGCCAGGCUGAGGCUGUCGAAGAGUUCAGACGACAUUCUGAACGAGGCAAACGUUAUCGACAGUGCGACGCCAUUGGUUCGUCCUGGAAGCCCAGCAGAGAUUACCGCAGAUUCUCCGCGUCCGGUCGAGCCAUCAGAGGAAGAAAAGGAAAUGCAGAACACGGGUCUUCCAACACCGCCGCCAAUGCCUCCCAGCGAUUUCUGGAAGAAGCCUAGCCAAGAGCGCUGGUCCAAGCCGGACGCAGCUAGGCGCACCAGAGCCAUUCCCGUCCUUACCCCAACUUGCCACAGAGAUCACGGAACCCAGACUGCAACACCAGAUGCUGUCGCUCCUGUGCUGACUCAGGCUUCUGUCGUGCACCAUAUGACGCCCGUGACUUACACGCACCAGUUCGUGUCGUCGGGUCCAAGCCCAGUGCUUCUCCUUCCCCAUGUGGAUGACACGCCGCUUCAACCCAGGCCCUUUUACGCGAUGCCAGUCUGCCAGCCGGUGUUCGCUCGCACAGCCGUGACUUCUGGGGCUACUCCUCUCUAUCCCAAUACGACGUUCGUAAUGUCAGGGUGUGAGGAAUUGACCAGGACUCCGAGCGAACCGAAGAAGAUAGUCACUGCAUCGAAGUCUACCUGGACAGAAAGUGGCGUGACGGCCACCCCUACGCCCGGGAUGGGGGAUGAGACCAAAGCUUUACUAGACGAGUUUGGAAAGUGCCUCGAAGAGGACAGGGCUGCCAGGGCUCCUUCCGACUUGUCUCGUCCCAGGACAGCCACUCCGGUGAAAUCAAAAAUCACCGUGGAAACUACGACGAUUCUUCAAACGGUAGAGUCAUCAACGCGCCUAAUCCGAGGGGCCGACCAGACUUCUAUUAAGUCCAUAUGCGGUAAUUCGGAGAAAGGGGACAUACUGUCGAACUUGUCGGAUUCUCCCAUUCCGUUCGCAGAUGAUGACGAUGUCAUGGAAGAACUUGGAUUUUCGUCUCAUUGUGAGUCUAGAUCGGCAUCGCAGAAUGGUAUCAAACGCGACAUUGUGACUGAUGAGCACCUGACGGUCUACACGACAACAAAAAAAGCAGCCGAAACCCCCAAAGAUUCAACCCCCCAGCCUUCCACUUCUAAACAGGACGAGGACGUACGUUCGGCGUUUUCACCCCCGCCGUCGCGGAUUCAGAUGACGUCCCCUUCUGCCAGCCGCAGCCAAAUCCCAGUUGCCAGCCGUAGUCCAACUCCAGAAAAGACGUUCAAAGCCAACGGUGACAUCCACGGCGAACUUCCUCGCAAGAGUCGCCCCAGUGGUGUGACCGUGCUGUCUGCAUCAAAAGGCGACUCCAUUAAUUCCAAGUUUCAACGAGGCCCAUGUCCAAGCCCCGGCCAGAGUUCAACCGUGACCACGGGUCCUGGUGGCACCGUAAGGGGGAAUCAUUCUAGGCCUUUUCUUCACUCAGCCACAACGGAUUCGGCAGCCGGCGACCUUAGCAACCUCGACGACGUCUUUCGGAAAACCAAGUCUAUUAGCGUCCCGAACCUUCUGACGACUGGUAGGGAAAAGUCAUUUGCCAAAAAAGUAGUCUCACAAAGCACACAGACGCCGAACGGACUGGUUACAGUGGACAAGUGUCGCGUGCACGGAGGACGGGUCGCAGGAGCUCAAACUGAGGACAGACUGGAUUCGUUCCUGAGGGACACUCUCCGCAAGUCCACCAAAGAGGUGGAGUUCGUCACCAAGGUGGACAGCAGCCAACCAUCCAAGACGCUGAGGAAGAAAGUGACCACGAAGAUACUUCGCGGGACCAGCGGAAAGAAUGGGGACGUCCGUGAAGUCAUCGAAGAGUUCUACGAUCAGUCUUCGCUUGUGCUGAGGCCCAGUAACGGAAUCAAGAACGUGACGAGGAGCGUCCGUCAGGCCAGUGACGGCCACAAAUACCUGACCACGGUCAUCACUGAAGCCCCCGCCGCCGGCCUCUCCAGGAGGAACCGCAGACGAGGCUUUGGGGAUCCUGACGGACACGUCAUCAUGGUAUGACCACCGGACAUGAAAGGUGUGCUCGUGGAACGAAGUUCUUCAGGGUCUGGAAACAAAAGUCGUGCUCGAUUGUUCACCAUGUUCGGUAUACGCUUUGUUUUGCUUCCGACAGAGUGCUAUUUGGUUAAGGUUUUAGUCUUUCAACCAGAUGUGGAUUGUCACAUAUGCAAAUCUCUGCCUACCCUAGGACUUUUCUUUCUUAUGUCUCGUAAUGCUACUUCGUCGGCGCUGUUGAUCUGGAGACAGUAACAAGUGGAAGCGGUGAAAUAUGCAUUCUGUCGCUACAGUGAAACGCUCGGUCUGAAUAAUUCGGUGCUCGGGGCUAUUCUGCUGUAUAUAAGUGUAAAUUACAAUUAAGUAAUAUAUACAUAUAUCUAACUAUAUUGUCUUUAUCCUGUAUUAGGAGAGUUUACUUAAUCUUUAUACGUGAAGCAAGCAGUGUUGUUCUCUGAAUUUACCCCAGAACCUUAAAGCGACGGGCCCACCCGACGUUUCAGGGGCCGCCCUUCAUAUUCGCAUGCGAUGCUUUUACAGGCUUGAAUCGAAUUGACGUUGAAAUUGCAAAGCGGGAAAUCUUGACGGUAUUUAUAUGACUUAAAUUUCUUCGUCGUCGAUGCUUAAACCCUUA